GCUGGUCCAUAUGUUAGGAAAUGAUUUCAUAUCUGCAAGCUUUUAGCGUAGUUGAAAUAUGAAGGUAUUAUUUUGAUUCGCUUUGAAAUUAUUGCAUUUUUGUCGGAGAUGUAUUGAUGGAGACGAAUGAGGCAGAUUGCUGGAAAAACGCUGACAUAGCCAAAAUUGUAAAGGAUCGACCCUCUUUGAGUCGCCAACAUAAGUUUACUUUAUUGAAGAGUCAUUUUACACCAGGUGAUAACUAUGUAUUCCCAAAGACCAAACAAAACAACAAGAUGAGGUCGUUCCAGGCGUCUUGGCUAAAGACCGACCCUUGCCUGGUGCACAGCGAGUCUGAAGAUGGUGGAUAUUGUAAGUGUUGUGUUUUGUUUGCGCACUUAGCGUCAAAUAUCACGACAGGCGCUCUUGUGAAGUACCAAUGAAGAACUGGAAUAAAGUGACGGAUAUCCUCAAGGAUCACCAAAAAAAGGAAUACCAUAUAACUGCAUCACUAAGAGCCGAUGAUUUUCUUCAGACCGCCGAGAGGCCGGAAACAUCGAUCACCUCAAUCAUUGACAAUGAAGCUGCUAGACAUAUUGCGAAAAACAGAAAACUGCUCCGAAG